AUUCUCUACAUGCAUUUGCCUCCUCUGCCUGCACUUUGUCGUUGUUCUUGUGGUUCCAAUGAAGACUCGUCACACAAAAUAUGGCAUAUGCACACUUUGGGUAUCGAUCACAGAUUCUGCAACUGGAUCCAACCCAAUAUCACCCUCACUCUCUACUAUAAAUUGACACCAAUUCCAUGCCCAAUCUCACAACACAAACUCAACAAUCAUUUCUUGAUUGCAACCAACAAAAAACAAACCCUCUUAUAAUUUCUUGUUCAAGAAUCAUCAACCCUAUCAUGUCUUCAAGCUAUCAAGAAUCAAGAAACUCGAGCUGUUCUUGGACAGCGAGAGAGAACAAACUGUUCGAGAGGGCACUCGCCUUGUACGACAGGGAGACGCCCGAUAGAUGGCAUAACAUAGCGAAAGCUGUUGGCGGAAAAUCGGCUGAAGAAGUGAAACGACACUAUGCAGUUCUUAUUGAAGAUGUUAAGCAUAUUGAGUCCGGUCGUGUUCCUUUUCCUAAGUAUAAGUGAUGCUUCAGGUAAUGUCAUAUGGAUAAUUAUACCUUCUUUCCUUGUCAAUGGCCGUUCAACUGAGCUAAGUCAUUUGCUACCUUUUCUUCCUCUAUUAAAUUAUUGGUUCUUGUAAUAAGGAAUUUAGUUAAGUUGAAUAAGAUUUCGAGUUUGAAUCUUAUAUAUAUUACAUAUUUCUUAAAUUUAUUA